CCUAAACCCUCUAGAUGGGUUUUUGUCAGAGUAGCUCCUAGCUGAGCUUUCUCGUGACUUUGUGCGAAUCGACAGACACCCAUGUGAUCGAAAAAGAGACCAUGGAAGGCGACUCGUGUAGGAGACCACGCAAAACCGGACUGGCCGUCCUACUACCAAUGCAAGCUCGCAACACCGUGCCAGCACGUUUGCUGGUUUUGUUAUCUUUAUUGAUGCUCAUUCUGCCCAGCAAUCCAACAGUAAGCGUAGAUGAGCAAGAAAUAACGGCCGAAGUGGUGAAAACAUGGGCACUGAAGUUCGGCAAGGCUGCUUCUGGUUGGUGUGAAGUUGCCACAUGUGUCAAGAAAAUAACGGAGAAUUUUAAGAAACUUGGUGCCGUAUCGCAAUGGGUUUAUGCUACAAAAAUGCUCGAAGAAAUGAGAAACGACGUGAAAACCAUGAUGAGUUGGAAAGCCAAAACAAUUACGACCAUCCGGGACACAGCCGAGAUGGCUGUUAUGAAGUAUACUUAUGAUCCAGAUAUGAAAAUUGAUUAUUACAGUGCAAAAGAUCCUAGGACUUCGGAUGGAAAACCUAUGGUAUUUUUUCCUCAUAAGAACUAUGGAAACACUCCCAUAAACACAAAUUACAGUGUCGUACACGUGCCUACGAAUGUUUAUGACCAAUCCCCUGAUGUUUUGAAUGCCAUAAAAUGGUCUGGAGAGUUGAACACUGUAUUUCGUAACAAUUUAGCUUAUGAUUCGUCCCUCAUAUAUCAGUUCUUUGGCAGUGCAACUGGCUUUCUUCGGCUAUAUCCCGCUAUCAAAUGGCGUGCCCCCGUUGGACCAGAUAUGUACGAUUGUAGAAUGCGGCCAUGGUACAUCCAAGGUGCCGCAUCUGCCAAAGAUAUUGUGAUAUUGUUGGACGGUAGCGGAUCAAUGACAGGUCUUAGAAAGGAAAUUGCAAGAAAUGUAGUUUUGAAUAUUUUAGAGACACUUAGCGAAAAUGAUUUUGUUACUAUACUUAGAUUCUCUGAGAACGUCAAAUCUGUAGUACCUUGUUUUGAAAACACGCUCGUUCAAGCUACGGAAGAAAAUCUUAGGGAGUUUCGAGAGCUUUUGAAAGAUUUAGAUACAGUUAACAUUGCCAAUUUCACAUUAGGAUUGAUAACUGCAUUUGAGCUUCUACAAAAAGUUGCGAAAAGCAAUGAAGGAAGUCAGUGUAAUCAAGCCAUAAUGUUGAUAACUGAUGGUGCUCCAUACACGUAUGAGAAAAUCUUUGCUCAAUAUAAUUGGCCAAAUAUACCGGUGCGUGUAUUCACUUAUUUAAUUGGUAGAGAAGUUACUGAUAUGGAUGAAGUACAGUGGAUGGCAUGCCAAAACAGAGGGUAUUACACUCAUGUAACUACUUUAGCGGAAGUAAGAGAGCAAGUACAGAAAUAUAUUCCUGUAAUGAGCCGACCAGUCGUAUUGUCUGGAGAGCAUCCCAUAGUUUGGUCUUCUGUUUACGCUGAUGUUACUGAUGUAAAACUUUCUGAUUGGCUGUGGCAAGAACGUGAGCGUGAAGUAAAGAUGAGAUUGAAUCAGAAGAGCCGUGCGAAACGCCAGAAAGAAGAUUUGAGCCUUCUGCAGUAUUAUCCUGAUGGUAAUAUCUCUAUGAUGGAGCGUUAUGCUGCUCCAAAUAAUGAUUACGCUGCUACGGAACCAGAUAUGCCACGAAAGCCGUUGCCAAAGAAGGCUGUACAACUUCUUAUCACUGUGUCAACACCUGUGUUUGACAGAAGGAAUUUUUCUAAUGUUACUGAAAGAAUAAGGAGUAGCAAAAAUAUUUGGAUUGAAAAAGUAAAAGAGAUGCGUGUUGCAAAUAUUCUUGGAGUAGCUGGAACAGAUGUACCUAUACGUGAGAUUAUCAAAUUGACUCCUCCCCAUAAGCUUGGAGUUAAUGGCUACUCCUUUGUAGUGACAAAUAAUGGAUUUGUACUGUACCAUCCUGAUCUCAGGCCACUGUUUCAAGAUAUGUUGAAACCUGAGUAUAAUCAAGUAGACAUGGCGGAACUUGAGUUAGUAGAUGACGAUAGAUUGGGACCAAGAGAAUUUGACGAAACUUUAUAUGAGAUGAAAAAUUCAACAAUUAACCGCCGCAUUGGAUGGAAGAAACUUCCAGUGAAAUUGCAUAUUGAUGGGAUGCGUCGAGUUGUAACCAGAAGGAACUCGUACUAUUAUGGACCAAUAGAAAACACACCUUAUUCGUUAGUCAUUGCUUUGCCUGAACCAUAUGGCCAGUACAGAUUAUCUGGUCAAAUAGAAGUAAAAAGAAGAACUGAAAAUUUGCAACAGUAUUUUAAAGAUGACAAAUGGAGGGUUCAUCCAGAUUGGGUAUACUGUGAAUCAAAAACAAAAGAAGGCGAUCCCAUUGUAACUCCUGAAGAUGUAAUAAGAAAAUUCAUUCAUGAAGCUGAAAAUAAGCAAAACUUUAAAUGGAAAUCCCAGUCUACCAGUCCUCCUGUUAACGAUGCACCACUGUGUGAUAAACAUUUGGUUCAAAGUCUUGUAUUUGACGCUAAGGCUACAGAUGUUGAUGUCAAAAAAUGCGAGAAACCUGCGUUGCCAAACCAAUAUGAUGAUCAAAUGAUGGGUAUGCAUGGUAUAGUAACAACUUUUGUUGCCACCAGAAGUGGUUUAUUGCGAUUCGAUGAUCACAGAACCGAGGAAGAAAAAGGAAAUAGUACAGAAAGGCCUUUUUAUGAAACCCAUACGAGAGCAACCGAUGAACUAUUCUAUAGAAGAGCAGUAGAUUUCUAUCACUAUAAUGAAAUGGCCUUUGUGUUUGCUGUGCCCUUUGACGCAGGUACGAAGAAUACGAGCCUGGUAACUGCCAGUCAAGCCAUAUUUAUUGGAAACGGAUCGCAAAAAGCUCCUGCCGCUGUUGUUGGGGUCCAGUUGAAGCAUUCGGCAUUCGUUGAAAGGUUCUUCAAUAUUACAGGAACGUGCAUGAGUAAAUGCAAGUAUAAGUGUACAGAUAAGCAAAUGGAUUGCUUCUUGAUUGACAAUAAUGGAUUUGUUGUUGUAUCCGAAAUUCAUGAACAUACGGGGAAAUUUUUUGGAGAAAUAGAUAGCAUCUUAUUUGAUUCCUUAGUACAAGGAAACAUAUUCAGAAGAAUUCGAAUGUACGAUUACCAGGCUAUAUGCAUUGAUCUCAUUAUACCAUCUGGACCUGCUAGUUUUCUCAGAACGCCCCUGCGUCAUGUAAUAAAUAUUGCUCAAUGGAUUUGGAGCAAGUUAGUUAUGUACUUCGUGCAAACAAAUGUUUUGCCAUGGUUCUCGGAUUAUGUUUAUGCUUCAGAUUACUACGAGGAUGAACAAGGUAAUGAUGGCAAGGCCGCUCGCCAAAACAAGACCAGGGCACGACCAUGCGACAAAGAAUUUACAUUGUAUGAAAUGCGACCCACCGAUGCUUGGGGACAAACAAAAGGCGUCAUUCCUAACUGCAGUUCGAUUGAAGAUUGUGAUAAGAAUUACAUCGUACAGAUGGUUCCCUACACCAAUUUAAUGAUGCUGGUCACGUAUAGCGAGGAGUGUUCAUGUGAUAAUAGCUCACUGACUGAAUCCAAUACACAACCCCUGGAGCUAGAAGAGGUGAUUUAUGAUGAGGAUGAAAGAUGCUACAGAAUGAGGAAUGGUACACUCAGAAAAUUGCCUGAACCAUGCGUCCACCAUCAUCCAGAAGAGGGCAGCAUUGGUCAGCAGUGUGGACUGGGGUCCUUACUUCGUGCUUCCAUUUACAUAGUCGUGGGUGCCUUGCUCCUCCGUCUGCUAUGAAAAUUCCUGGCGUGGCCUUUGUAAAAUCUCGCUAACACGACAUAUCGCAAAUCACUCAGAGAUUGCAAUUACAUGCCUCCUGGAUUUGAAUAUCAUAUCCUUUGUGAAACCAAAAAUGAAAAAUUCUUAAAACACUCGUCAGUUGAAAAACAAGCAAAAAAAAAUUCACAAAUUAGCAGGACUGUUGCCGUCAACUCCAUGGAUUGGUUGUAUCUGCAGAGACAGUGCCACAUUCUCUUAAACAAAGGAAGAAAAAAAUCUACCGGCUGAUUUUGUAAGGCUAUCUCACAUUCUAUGAGCAGGUUUCCUUUACCUCAAAUUCAGCUUUCAGAAAGAUUCCGAUUCAAUUUCCAAAUCGAUUUUUAAAUUAUGGGAUCUCUUUUUUUCAGUGGAAAUCAUCGUUAUUAAUGCAUAUCAUAGGCCACAAUUCUCGAUGGAUGUAUAGUUUGAAAAUAUACAUACAUAUAUAUGUAUAUAUAUGGAGGAGGAAGUUGCUGCCAAAAACAGAACAACCGUUUCCUCUGAUAUCAAUUACACAUUGCUCAUGUGUUUUGGUCUCUUAGCCUUCUUCAGUAUUACUCACCAGCAGUUUUAUACGUAGUUAAAAUGCUUCUGUUAGUCGCAGGCGCAUCUGGUGUAUUUUUUUCCAUGUUGCACCUUUAAGAGCACAACUGAUUUUUUUUUUCACCAACUGCAAUUCAGGCAUAAAUCUGAUUUCUCAGAUAAACUAAAUAGAAACGUAUCAAUGUAUUAUUUCUCAAUCCUUUUCCAAGCUUUUAAAACCUGCAUAUCGUUGUUGACGCUAAAGGUAAAUACUUGACGCGAACUGACCAAGUUUGAACAAGUUUACCGAGUCCAAAGCUUUGCGUAGUAGUUAACGUUUGUUCCAUUUGACCACGAAUUCACUAAUCGAGGAUAAACAUUUGUUAGUAAUGUUUUGUGGUGUAUUUGUUAAGUUUUUAUGAUAGUGUAUAAAAUAUUCGAUUAUUGUAAGUAAUUAUAUCAUUCUUGUAAAACAUCAAAAUAUCUUUAGUCAUCUUAAGCAAUCCAGCCUUGAGCAGAUGUUUCUCUGGCUGUUGUAUUUUAUCAAUUUCAUUGAAAUUAGGUGGUAGAAUUAGGUAAAAAAAAAACUAAUUAUGCAUACAUUAUGCGUCAUAUCAUUCACAACCGAUUGUAAUGAUGUGAAACAUAUCCCAAAUUUUUAAUAUCAAAGCGAUACGUCCAAAGAUAAAUUGUAGAGAGAUUAAUGAGUGGAAUGAUCUGUCGACGCACAAGUUAAGUAUCUGCGCCACAGUUCUUACUUAAUUAUAACUAAUCAGUCAACACUAGACCACUCUGUGCAUAUAAAUGCUUAAAAUACUACAUCGUUUCUGAGGCACCCGCGUAAUAUUUUAUUCUUUUCUUGGAGAAAUUUAAUGGAGUAUGAAAUUGUCACGGAUCAUAUUGAUAAUAUCCUUCAUUAGUCAUCCCUUUGCUGUUUACAAAACAUUACUAUUACAUAAAUUCCAAGAAAAGGAAUAUCCUUCAACCUGCUUAAAAAAGGAAUUAUUUUUCUAAUUACUAUUUCUUCUGCGUUGCUUUAAAACACUUUGAACAAAACAGGCAUUGAGGAGAACUGAGAACAGUUUUAAGAAAUCGUAUCCAAAGAACUGCUAUGCACAAACUAGUCAAUUUGCAUCGUUUAUAAACUGUAAUUCUUAUAUUUGCUGAAUAGUAAAUACUAUUCUCAAAAUGUUAUUUAUCUAAUGUAAUCUAGAUUUUUUACUUUCUUUCGUUUUCAGUUACAUUUAACUUAUAAACACAAUUUUUCGUUUCAAUUUUUAGAUAUUAGUCUAAGUAAAGAUUAGUAGAUUUUUACUGUAAAACAUUAAGUUAUUUAUUUUCCAAUUUUGUUAGAUGAAAUAAAUAAAUAUUAAAUGUUUGCUGUUGUAAUAAAUAUGAAUAUUGCUCGAUACUUCCGCGAUUAAGGAAAUGUCUGACACAUUAACUUUUCAUAUUUGAAUAAAAUUGUUUCUUUCCCUAAAGUAAUGUUUUCAACUAAAAAUUACACACAUUGUUUUUCUAAUAAUGUCAGUGUAAAAAUGGCUGUUGGUGAUUUCAUAAAUGUAAAAUAAAUGUUUGCGAAAUCAUUAAGGUAUAUUUAAAACCCUAAUGUCGGAUAUUCUGUUAUUGUGAAAAGCAUUCUACAAAUACAUGUAUAUGCACUUACCCAGUGCUUAAGUCAUAUCCUUGUUCUGUUAUCUUUGUUUCUGCUGCAGUGCUUCUGCUGAUAUCUCUUGCGUGCCCGCUACGUUAAUGUUCUUGAUCGUACUAAGUCAUAUCGUGAACACGAUGUUUAGUAUUUUUAAAUUUAUUUUCAAAUAUAUUUUCCUCCCAAAGCUGUUAUUUUGUGACAUAAAAAAUGUGUUUCUUUUUAUGCCUUUUAUAUGUUUCGGCGUAGCAUCUCGAGUCUUUUUCAUGAGAUAAAUCUAAAAAAUAAAGGAAUGUUUUCAAAUUUUUA